AUGUCGGGCAAGCGAGCUCGUUCCCGUGACGUGUUCGUCUGGGAUCUGAACGACAAUGAAGAUCGCAUUCCCUUAGGUGGCUUAGUCCUUACAGCUGGCAUUACCAAUACGGACUUUCGCCAAAUGCUUGACAUUCUCAUUACCUCAUGUGAUUAUGUCGUCCAAAACGAACAUGGAGACGAAGUCCUACGAGAUAACCAGCCCCUUCUCCCCGGAGAUUAUUUUAUUAUUGCAGACGAGGUCGAGGUUAAUAACGAAGUCGUAUAUACACGAGCAUGCUCUAUUGCUUCGGGCACUCGAGUACAAUCAUUUAUAGAACAAGUCCAAGCUCGCGACGGUCGUUGUAUUGUUUCGAAAGUCGAAAAUGCUCGAGCUGUAGAUGGAUUUUGGUGGGGAUUUGAAGCCGCACAUAUCUUCCCACUGGCAUACGAACAACAAUGGCUAGAGAACAACUAUAGCCGUUGGAUUACAAUUGAUCCACCUCAAGGGGGCAAGAUCAACUCUGUACAGAAUGGUAUCCUCCUCAGAAGUGAUCUACAUCAACUAUUCGACAACUAUACGUUCUCUAUUAAUCCUGAUAACGGAUAUAAGAUUAUCUAUUUUGUAAAGGACUGUGAGCAAUUGGCUGGGAAAAGCCUUGAUAGUCGCCUGCUCGACGAUCCCCGCCGUCCGCCGGACUCGCUCUUCCGCUGGCAUUUCCGCCAGGCGGUCCUUACAAACAUGAGAGGGAUAGGAGAACCUGCUUAUGAACACGAUUUCCCGCCAGGCUCAGAUAUAAUGGGAGAGAUCCAGGCCGGCCCUAAGGCUGCUGAGCGUAUGGAAUUUGAGCUAUUCGACCGGCUGGCCCACCAUGUAGAGAUUUUAUAA